AUGGUGUUCAGAUUUCCCGUCAAGUUUGAGCUCCCCAAGCACGUGUACCUCAACGGUCGUGUGAUUAAGGAUGCCUUCAAGAGAACCCAGGUUGCAGAGUACGAGGUGACCAGAAACGCUCUCAGAUACAUUGCCAGAAACACCACCCUUCCGCCAAAAGCCCGUUUGGAGGCCCAGUUGCAGCUCGCUUCUAUGCCUAAGUACACCUCCCCAACUCAGGUUAGAGAACGUUGUAUUGCAUCGGGUAACUCGAGGUCUGUGAUUACGGACUUCAAGUUGAACAGAACCGAGUUUAGAAACAGAGCCAGAAGGGGCCAGAUCCCCGGCGUGUCUGUCGGCUCGUGGUAG